GCGACGGAAGUGACACCGCAGCGAGGCGAAACGCGGCUCCAACGUGGGGGGGGUCUCAGCCAUGACCCGCUCCCGGCGACAAGUGGAAGCUGCCCGGAAGAAGCGGGUCCAGGCAAAACGCGCUAAGGGAGGAGGGAAGAAGGACCCGGGGGUGCCGCAGCUGCGCCGCUUCGCUGCCCACGUCCAGCAGCAGAACGAGAACAGGCAGAAAAGGGCAGCGGAGGCGCGGGAGCGGCGGGAGGGGGCGCGGGAGGCGGAGAGGAGCCGGCGGCGGAGCCUGGAGGCGCUGCAGCACGAGGCGCUGCGGCGGCAGCGGGAGUUCGAGCGCAAGGAGGGGGGGAGCGCCCGGCAGGAUGUGCAGGAGGAGGCGGCGCUGCGGCAGUACGGGAGGGAGCUGCGGAAGGUGCUGACAGCGUCUGAUGUGGUGCUGGAGGUGCUGGACGCCCGGGACCCCCAGGGCUGCCGCAGCCCCCAGCUGGAAGCCGCCGUCCGGUGCGCCGGGCACCGCCAGCGCCUGGUGCUGGUCCUCAACAAGAUCGACCUGGUGCCGCGGGACGUGGUGGCGGCGUGGCUGAAGUACCUGCGAGCAGAGUUCCCCACCGUGGCCUUCAAGGCGUGCACGCAGCAGCAGAGCCGCAACCUGAAGCAGAGCCGGCUGCCGGUGGCGACGGCCCCAGAGGAGGUCCUGGCCGGGGGAGCCUGUGUGGGAGCCGACUGUUUGCUCCGUGUCCUGGCCAACUACAGCCGCUCCGGGGAGGUGAAAACAACCAUCACCGUGGGUGUUGUGGGGUACCCCAACGUGGGUAAGAGCAGCCUCAUCAACAGCCUGAAGCGGAGCCGGGCUUGUGGGGUGGGGGCAACACCGGGAGUCACCAGGUGCCUGCAGGCCGUGCAGCUGGACCGGCACAUCCAGCUGUUGGACUGCCCCGGCGUUGUCAUGGAGACGGGCGCCCCCCCCGCUGCUGCCCCACUGCGGGGGGCUCUGGCCCCACAGCGCCUGCGGGACCCCCUGACCCCCGCUGCUGCCAUCCUGCGCCGCUGCCCCCCGCAGCAGCUGAGCGAGCUCUAUGGGGUCCCCCCCUGCGAUGACCCCCGGCAGUUCCUGUCCCAUCUGGCCCGGCGGCAGGGCCGGCUCCGGCCGGGGGGGCUCCCGGACCCCCACGCUGCUGCUGUGGCCCUGCUGCGUGACUGGACCAGCGGCAAGAUCUCCUACUACACCCACCCCCCCGAAACACAGGGGGUGCAUUUGGAAGCCCAAAUCCUGACAACGCUGGGGCCAGCGUUUGACCUGGAAGCGCUGGAGCGGGGCGAUGCCGAGGCGCUGGCGGCUGUACCGGUGACGGUGCCAGGCAUAGGGCUGGCCCCAUGUGUCCCUGAGGAGGAAGAGGAGGUGAAGUCCAGUGGGGAUGAAGAAGCAGCCAUGGAGGAGGAUGAUGAUGACCUGGAGCUUGGUGCAGUGACAGUGGAGCUGAAGCCCCCCCGGGUGAAGACGGGGGGCAAUGGGGAGGGUCCCAUGCCCCGUGCCCCCCGGUUGGAGGAGGUGGCUGCUCUCCACCCUCUGCUGCAGGGACAGGGGCUGCAGGCAGCCAGCAAAAGGAGGAAAAAGCUGCAAAAAAGAGCAGAGAAGAUUGCCACGAAGCUUUCGGAGACGCUGGAGGCGGCGAUGCAGUUCUGAAGAUGAAGAUUCAAUAGAGAUCUAUGGCUUUUUUUAAGCAAGAAAUGGUUAAAAACAGCCCUUUUUGGAAUAAAAGCACAGGCACAACAUG